AUGAGCGACUCAAAUCCUUAUUUGCAGCAUGGUGUUAAAAGUGGUUUAUUAAAUCCAGACCCCUAGAAAUCUUGCCAUUAAUAAAAUCAUGCAUAAGAUGAGACUAGCUCUACUAUAUAGAAUGAUUGGCAAUAAACAAAUUUGAUCAAUCAAGAUGCCAACUAACACUAAAACAAUAGCAAAAAGCUAGCAAAAUAAUAUAAGGUUACACUAACUAAAUCAUCUAAAGUCUAGAAUGAGGCAAAGAUAAAUGAAAUAAUACAACCACCUAGUUUGGAGUUUGCAAAUUAAAGAAUUAAAAGAUUAGUUACUUGUCAUAAUGUGAUUUCUUAUAUCCUGGUAUCAUUAAAUGGAAUCGCAUCUCUUCAUUCACUUUACUUCUUGUUUGCUAGAGAUGCUUUCCAUCAUUUCAAAAUUGAGGACAGAGCUGGGAACAUUCUUAAAGCUAACUUCGAAGAUUCUUUACUACUCUACUUAGGUCUAUUCAAAUUACUACUACAUUUGAUUCUUUUAAAGUGGAGUGUCCUUGGCUUUAAAUUUUUUAAUCCCUUAACCAAAGAUGUUGAGGAUCAAGAAUUAUCAGCAAUCAAUCCGAUCUAAUCUAAUGAUUAAGGAAAAAAGAAGAAAAAGCAAAAACUUUCUAGCUCACUCAAGUACUAUAGGAAGAGAACUAUGAAAACAAUGUUCUUCGCUGUAUUCGUGCUCUUUGUUCUAGUCGUAGUUGCUAGAUAGCAUAUUUUAGAUACAGCUUAUUAAGCUAUUCAAAACUAUUACAUGAACUAGACUUCAUCAACAACUAGUUCAACUUCAAAAUUAGUGAAAGCUAGUCAUUAAGAGUUCUUUGACCAAGGGGAAUAUCAUCCUUAUCAUAAUGAUGAAAAUGAGGACUUUAUUGAAAAUAACAAUCAAUUCUUAAACCAUCAAGAUGAUAAGUUUAAUGAUGUAGAAAGGGUCAAUGAAGUAACCAAAUAGUUAAUACAAUAGUACUCAGAUUAUAUACAGAAAGGGUAAAGUCUAGCUGACCUUCCGUUCUAGAAUCAAUUAACUAACGCAAGCUAACCACUAGAUUAAUACCAGUAAAUGAUAGUGGACUCCUGUAUGAAGAUUAUGCCUGAUUUUUCAGUAGUUAUUUGUGAUUAAAUUUCAAGAAGAUUCUAUGAUCAAUAUAAUACAACUCAUACUUAAAUUAGGAUUUCAGAGUCUCGCAGACUAGCAAUAGCUUAAAAUGAUGACAGCGAAAAUCCAAAUGACUGGCAUCACAGGGGAGGACAUCCACAUAAGUUUAUAUUACCCUUCAAUUUGAAUGAAAUUGCUUAAGACGAGGUAAAAGAUCGUGCAAAUAAGAAAAUAUCAAGAAUGGGAAUGAAGUUCUUGUUGAUUUCCACUUCAGUAAUUGCUGUUGUAGCAGGCAUUAUCUUGUUGAUUACAAACAAAGCGAUGAAGUACUAGAAGAUAAGAGAAAGAUAUUAACAGGUUAAGGGUAGAAACCCACAUUAAUAACUGGUUAUUAGUCACUAGGAAUUCUGA